UUGAACGCUUUCUAUUUUUCUCCCCACAGAGCGUUUUUUUUUUGGUUCUUUGUUGCUCCCAAUUUUGCUUAAGUGAAAAUCAAUCAAUGCAAUUACGCGCAUCCGGAAGAAGUAUUACGGCAUCCCCAACGUGCCCGCAUUGAAGCGCUCCACCAAGGACGUCGCUGUGUGAGUGUGUAAAUUAAGGGCACACCUGGCGAAGCACUAAAAAUAAAUACCAGCAAAAUGAUACACGUUGGCGACAACUCGUGGAAUCUGCGCAUCUGCAUCACAGAUCUGGCGCUGGAGCGCACAAUGCGCGUGCGCGGCGAUCAGCAUUUGGGGAGCAUUAUGCUGCAGUUGGUGGAUCCUGAGAAUCCCAAGGAUUGGUCGGAUCAUGCACUCUACUGGCCGGCGAAGAACAUUUGGCUAACAAGGACACGCGCAACUCUGGAUCAAUGUGGUGUCCAAGCGGAUAGUUUGCUCUACUUUACGCCCAUGCACAAAAUAUUGCGGGUGCAGCUGCCGGACUUGCGUUAUCUGGACUGUCGUGUCGAUUAUUCGGUCAAGACAUUUGCUGCUGUGCUGAAUCUCUGCAAGCAGCUGGACAUUCGCUAUGCGGAGGAGUUGUCGCUGUGCAAGCCACUCGAAGCGGAGCAUCUGAAGAGGAACUACGCUCAGCUGCCGCAUGCCAAGCGAGUACCCAUCGCUGAACCCGAUGGCACCACAUAUUUGCAGCCAGCGCUGGAUACCAAUUCAUUUGUGCCUAUAAAUUCGUCGUUUAAUAAUGGCGGCAGCACUGGGAGCCUGGACAAACCCUCGUCGCCAGCUCUAUUCUUUUGUGCGCCGCUCUCGCCGCACAAUGCGCCCAAUGCCAAGCGAUCGCCAACGCCCACGCAUGGCGCCUGGAAGGUUAGUCAAGCAGGGUAUGCCACCUAUGAUUCGUCGUCGUCCAGUUUGGGUGAUUUCCAAGAGAACUUGGCCAGUUCACCGCGCCCGCUCAGUGCAGAGAUGCGAGCGCAGCUUUUGCGACCCAAGUCGCUGGUGGAGAAGGCUCGUCUCAAUGUGGGCUGGCUGGACAGCUCGUUGUCGCUAAUGGAGCAAGGCAUAAGGGAGUAUGAUACACUCUGUUUGCGCUUCAAGUACUACACGUUCUUCGACUUGAAUCCCAAGUAUGAUCAGGUGCGCAUCAAUCAACUGUACGAGCAGGCCAAAUGGUCCAUAUUGAAUGAGGAACUCGACUGCAACGAGCAGGAGACGCUCAUGUUUGCAGCGCUACAGUUUCAAAUCAAUCAUCAGCUGGAUAUGCAGCCACUUUUAACUGCCGUGGACUCGGGUAUAGAGACAUCGAGUCAGGAGAAUGACGACGACGACAUUGAUUCAGCAUUGAAUGAGCUGCAGCUUACAUUGGAGGGCGGUGAUCCGCAUGAGAGCAUCAAUCUCACACGCAUACCAGAACUCUCGGAUUAUUUGCGCUUCCUUAAACCGCAACGCUUCCUGCUGCGCGGCUACAAACGCUACUAUUUCAUCUAUCGCGAUUUGCAUCUGUUGCUUUACAAGAAUGCUGAAGAAUCCCGACACUCUGCAUCGCCCUCAAUUCGCAUCAAUUUGCGAGGCUGCGAAGUAACGCCCGAUGUCAAUCUAGCCGAGGGUAAAUAUGCUAUUCGUCUCGAAGUCUCGCCGGAGGAUCAUCAUGGACCCAACAGCGAGGUUUGGGUACGCUGCGAGAAUGAGCAGCAGUAUGCCAAGUGGUUGGCUGCUUGUCGCCUAGCAGCCAAGGGUCGCUCUUUGGCCGACAGCUCGUAUGAAUCGGAAGUCGAUGGCAUUUUGUCGCUGCUGCAGAUGCAGCGUCCUGUGCAUGGCGUCCAUGUCAACAUUGAUCCACGCACCGUAGAUGCCGUGGAUUAUCUGUCACCCAAGAUGCUGCGUAAGCUAUCCGGGAAGGCGGUGCAACGUAUACUCGAGGCACACGCCAAUGUGCGGGAUUUGCCGCUGUUGGAGGCCAAGAUGAAAUACAUUCAGGCUUGGCAAUCGUUGCCUGACUUUGGUGUCUCGCUGUUUGUCAUCAAGUUCGAUGGACAUCGCAAGGAGGAACUGUUGGGCGUAACGCAUAAUCGCAUCAUGCGCAUGGAUCUGAGCACAGGAGAUCACAUCAAGACGUGGCGUUAUAAUACUAUGAAGGCCUGGAAUGUUAAUUGGGGAAUUAAGUGCAUGAUGAUUCAAUUUCAUGAUGAGAAUGUCGUCUUCUCUUGCCACUCGGCCGACUGCAAGGUAGUGCAUGAAUUUAUUGGCGGAUACAUUUUCAUGUCUAUGCGCUCCAAGGAUAACAAUCAGACGCUCAACGAGGAACUCUUCCAUAAACUGACGGGCGGUUGGUCGUAAAAUGUUUGUGGCGAACAUUAUUUCAAAGUUAUUUCGAAUAUUUAUAGGCAUCUUUAUUUUAUUUGUUGACAGUGGCCCAUUUUUACAAUGCUGCACUUGAUUUUUAAUGCAAUUUACAGGAUUUAUCCUUUCCACUUUUGAAUGGAUGCCUUUUUCUAAACUAAUCCCAUGGAUUUUAACUGAUUUUGUUUUUAACACAAAUCACUAGCCAGAGGCACUUUUGCCUGCCUAACCUUAAAUAACUCAGCCUUAUUCUUGGCCUUUUUGUACAACUAACUCUUAAGCAAUAAUAAACAAUUAGAGCACAUUUUAACAAAACUUACAAA